UACUCUCAAGAUGCGUACACGAAUGACAUGCCGAUGGAGUACGAGGACGAGGACGACAACAGUAUAACGCAAGAAGACUGUUGGACCGUCAUCUCCAGUUUCUUCGAUGAGAAGGGCCUUGUGCGACAGCAGCUCGACUCUUUCGACGAGUUCAUUCAGAACACGAUGCAAGAGCUCGUGGACGAGAACCCGGAACUCAUCCUGGACCAGGCCGAGCAGCAUACUGGACACAACUUCGAUCAGAGCAAGCGCUUUGAGAUCCAGUUCGGCCAAAUCUACCUUUCGAGACCAACGAUCACCGAAGCGGAUGGCUCAGUCGUCCCAGUCUUCCCCCAAGAGGCCCGCUUGCGCAACCUCACAUAUGCUGCACCGCUGUACAUUGAAAUGCGCCAGAAGACUUUGCAUGCCACGGACGAGUUGGACGAGGCGGGUGAACCCAUUUGGAGGACUGUGAAGGAGGACGAAGGCAAUGCGGUUCAAAAGGUCCACAUCGGCAAGGUACCGAUCAUGUUGCGUUCUGCGUUCUGCAUUCUCAACAAGCUGAGCGACCAAGAAAUAUACGACCUCAAUGAGUGCCCCUACGACUCCGGAGGAUACUUCAUCAUCAACGGGUCGGAGAAGGUCUUGAUUGCGCAGGAGCGCAUGGCCACAAACCAUGUCUAUGUCUUCGCCAAAGCUCAGCCCUCCCCCAUCAACUUCUUGGCCGAGAUCCGUAGUGCCGUGGAGAAGGGUGGCAAGACGAUCAGUCAGUUCCAAGUGAAGAUGUUCCACCGGACGAAGGAGCGGUCGAUGGGCAAUGUCAUCAAGGCUACCAUUCCCUAUAUCAAGGUUGACAUCCCGAUCUGGGUCGUCUUCCGCGCCUUAAACGUCAUUUCCGACCGUGACAUCCUCGACCACAUCUGCUACGAGAGCACCGAUCCGCAGAUGCUCGAGUUGCUCAAGCCGUGUAUUGACGACGGUUUCGUCAUCCAGGAGCGCGAGGUCGCCUUGGACUUCAUCGGCAACCGUGGUACAACAACCGGCCUUAACCGCGAGCGCAGAGUGCGGUAUGCGCAGGAGAUCCUGCAGAAGGAACUAUUGCCGCACGUCUCCAUGGCCGAGGGUUCGGAGUCCAAGAAGGCCUACUUCUUCGGCUACAUGGUUCACCGACUUUUGCUUGCCGCCCUUGAGCGCAGAGAGUUGGAUGACCGUGAUCACUUCGGCAAGAAGCGUCUUGACUUGGCAGGCCCGCUGCUUGCUGGUCUCUUCCGUAUGCUCUUCAGGAAGAUGACGAAGGAUGUUUACCGCUACUUGCAGAAGUGUGUCGAGUCCAACAAGGACUUCAACCUUAACCUCGCGAUCAAGCAUCACACGAUCUCGCAGGGCUUGAAGUACUCUCUCGCCACCGGCAACUGGGGUGACCAGAAGAAGGCUGGCGCGGCGAAGGCCGGUGUCUCCCAGGUGUUGAAUCGUUACACAUACGCGUCCACGUUGUCCCAUCUUCGUCGUUGCAACACGCCACUCGGACGAGAGGGCAAGAUCGCAAAGCCUCGUCAACUGCACAACACUCAUUGGGGUAUGGUCUGCCCUGCCGAGACCCCCGAAGGACAGGCUUGCGGUCUCGUCAAGAACCUCUCGCUCAUGGCUUGUAUCUCGGUCGGCUCCAUCUCUGCGCCCGUCAUCGACUUCUUGCAGGAGUGGAAUUUGGAGAGCUUGGAGGAGAACGCGCGCUCGUCGGAGGCGACCUUCACCAAGGUCUUCGUCAACGGUGUCUGGAUGGGUGUCCACCGCGACCCGGCAAAGCUCGUCGAGACUAUCCGCCGACUGCGCAGAAAGGACGACAUCAGCCAGGAGGUUUCCGUCGUCCGGGAUAUCCGCGAGAAGGAAUUGCGCGUGUACACCGACGCAGGUCGUGUAUGUCGCCCGCUCUUUAUCGUCGAAAACCAGUCUCUGCUGCUUGAGAAGCACCAUGUGCACGCUCUGACGCAAGGCGCGAAGUGGGACUCGUUGGUAAAGCAGGGUAUCAUCGAACUGCUGGAUGCGGAGGAAGAAGAGACCGUCAUGAUUGCCAUGACGCCCGAGGACCUGGAGAACUCGAGGAUGACACCGGAGGAGCGCGCCGCUCAGCAGGCCGAGGAGGAAGUCGACAUGACUGCCACGAAGGUCGCGCACACAAUGGCGAAUACGCACACCUGGACGCAUUGCGAGAUUCACCCCAGCAUGAUUCUCGGUAUCUGCGCCAGUAUCAUUCCCUUCCCCGAUCACAACCAGUCGCCUCGUAACACCUACCAAUCUGCUAUGGGUAAACAAGCCAUGGGUAUCUUCCUCACGAACUUCAUCCUCCGCAUGGACACCAUGGCGAACAUCCUCUACUACCCGCAAAAGCCACUUGCGACGACGCGCUCCAUGGAGUACCUGAAGUUCAGAGAACUUCCUGCUGGCCAGAACGCCAUUGUCGCUAUCCUGUGCUACAGUGGCUACAACCAGGAAGAUUCCGUCAUCAUGAACCAGAGCUCCAUCGACCGUGGUCUCUUCCGUAGUAUCUACUACAGAGGGUACACGGACAUGGAGAAGAAAAGCGUCGGCAUGAUGCCUACGGAGGAGUUCGAGAAGCCCUCGCGCGACAACACCCUCCGCAUGAAGCACGGCACGUACGACAAACUCGAGGACGAUGGCUUGAUUGCACCGGGCACGGGCGUCAACGGCGAGGAUAUCAUCAUUGGCAAGACGGCACCCAUCCCGCCCGACAGCGAAGAGCUCGGCCAGCGGACGAAGAACCACACUCGCCGUGAUGUCUCGACACCGUUGAAGAGCACGGAAAGCGGUAUCAUCGACCAGGUUUUGCUCACGACGAACGAGGAUGGCAAAAAGCUCAUCCGCGUCCGCGUCCGCUCGACUCGUAUCCCACAGAUCGGCGACAAGUUCGCCUCGCGUCAUGGUCAGAAGGGUACCAUCGGUAUCACCUACCGCCAGGAGGACAUGCCGUUCACCGCACAGGGUAUUGUCCCCGAUAUCGUCAUCAACCCGCACGCCAUUCCCUCGCGUAUGACUAUUGGCCACUUGGUCGAGUGUCUGCUGUCGAAGGUCGCGACCCUUAUCGGCAACGAGGGCGACGCGACGCCGUUCACGGACCUCACGGUCGAGGCGGUGUCGAAGAGCCUCGCGGCGAAGGGCUUCCAGCAGCGUGGGCUCGAGGUCAUGUACCACGGGCACACGGGGCGGAAGCUGCAGGCGCAGGUGUAUCUGGGCCCGACCUACUACCAACGUCUCAAGCACAUGGUGGACGACAAGAUCCACUCGCGCGCGAGAGGGCCGGUGCAGAUCUUGACGCGCCAGCCGGUGGAGGGUCGUAGUCGUGACGGUGGUCUGCGUUUCGGAGAGAUGGAGCGCGAUUGUAUGAUCUCGCACGGUAUUGCUGGGUUCUUAAAGGAGCGGCUGUUCGACGCAUCGGAUGCGUACCGACUGCAUGUUUGCGAUAUCUGUGGUCUCACUGCUAUUGCGAACUUGAAAAAGCAAAGCUUCGAAUGCCGUGCAUGUAAGAACAAGACCGCAUGCUCGCAGCUGUACAUCCCCUACGCCGCGAAGCUGCUCUUCCAGGAGCUGCAGGCCAUGAACAUCGCGCCACGGUUAUACACCACCUCGACUGGCCGCAUACGGGACUGAUCUACCUUUCGCUCUGCUGUUGUCUUGUUGUCAUUACUCAGUACUAUUUGUAUACUAUACACCGCAUAAAUACCAGCGACAAAGCAUACUGCAUUUUCUGUG